GCGGCGCGAAGGAAGCAGCCACAGUCUCCAGUCGGCUGAAACCAAGAUGAAGACCCUACUCCUGCUGACCAUCGUCGCGAGCGCCUCCUGCAAUCGCUAUAACACGGGCGGGUCCCCAACAGGCCCCCACGUCCCUCUGCACCAUAAUCUAUGUCGUUCCACGCAGGUAGUCGACCAUAUCCAGGACGGUAGCGAAUACCACUACUCCUGGUGUCACGAUAACAACCGUAACUACACCCACACAGCAGCUAAUAAUUACUGUGCUAACUUGGGUCCCGGUUGGCAGGGUGUUAGUAUCGGCAGCAGGCCUGAGGACAAUUUUAUCAGUGGUGUUAUCGCUGCACAUAACCUGGCGUACAUCUGGACGAGCGCCACGAGGACCUACAGCGGGUGGCGCUGGGCGUCGGGAGAGCCUUUCUUGAACCUCAACUGGUCCGCGACAGGAGCCGAUGGCGUCCGUCAGCCUGACAACAGAGAGAACAACAACGAGGCUUGUCACGCUGUCCUCAACAACUUCUACAACGAUGGCAUAAGGUGGCAUGACAUCGGCUGCCACCAUGUCAAGCCCAUCAUCUGCGAGAGGAGGCGCGGAUCUGGCUACCAAGGAUAAGAGAUAGCGGAUCUCUUGAGUUCGAUCAGGAUGGAUAAUUUCGUCAUAAUAUGCAUGGAUUUAUGAAUAUAUAUAUAUAUAUAUA